AUGGCAACCAUUUUCAAUUCAUACUCUGGCUUCUAUCUUUUGGCAUUCUUUUGUUUCAUUCAGCUUUCAGUACUUAAUUAUCCCAUUGCAGCCCAGACUAGUGACAGUAGUUUUGGUGGUGGUGGUUUCACCGCUGAACUCAUCCACCGCGACUCCCCACUCUCCCCACUCUACCACCCAUCCACCAACAAUGGAGAGUACAUCACGAAGUUAUCCGUUGGAACUCCACCUGUUCCAUUGUUCAGGAUUGUGGAUACAGGUAGCGAUCUUACUUGGACACAAUGCGAGCCUUGAACUUAGUGUUUCAAGCAAAAUUUACCGUACUUCGAUCCCAAGCAUUCAUCAACAUACAAAGAGUUAUCGUGUCGGUCACAAUUUUGUGAGUUCAUGGGGAGUGCUAAUCCCUCCACUUGUACCAGCAGGGAUAGCAUUUGCCAGUAUAGCACACACUACGGAGACAAUUCUUUCAGUAUCGGUCACCUUGCUGCUGAAACAUUCACCUUCAAAUCAUCGACUGAUGGACGGGCAGUUCCGAUCCCCAUCAUGGUCUUCGGGUGUGGACAUAAUGAUGAGGGCACGUUCAACGAGACAGCUACUGGUAUAGUUGGCCUUGGGGGCGGCAAACUUUCAUUUGUAAGCCAAUUAAGGCACUCAAUUCACAAAAAAUUCUCGUCUUGUUUACCACCAUUAGAUUCAUCACUUUCAAAAACCAAGUUAAUUUUUGGCGACAAUGUAGUGACUGUCAAGUCUGGUGCAAUGAUUCAGGUUCUGGCUUUUCGGUUUCUGCCCUAUGUGUUGUUGCUGCUGUAUGCUGCUGUGGGUGAUGAGUUGCUGCUGAUGGUGGUGAUGUAUUGCUUCAGCAGAGGGGUUUUUGGUUGUUUGGUAUUCAAGGGUGGUGUCGGGGUCAUCUCAACUCCAAUAACCAAAAAACCAACCGACACAUUCUAUUACCUCACAUUGGAGGGCAUUAAAGUUGGAAACAAGAGCCUAACAUACACAAUGCCUUCCAAAGCGAAUUCGGUUGAUCAGGGAAACCAUACUUCAGACCCACUAGGGUUGUUCAGCUUAUGUUAUAGUAAUAGCAUCGAUAUUACCAAGUUGCCUACAAUAACAUUCAAAUUCACCGGAACUGACCGGGAACUGCCACUGUUGAUUACUUUCUUACAAAACGGAAAUGGUCCGGUGUGUUUAGCCUUUGUUCCUACUGAUGAACUCCCAAUCUUUGGAAACUUGUCACAAAUGAACCUCUUGAUCGGUUAUGAUCUUGUCAAAAGUGUAAUUUCUUUCAAACCAACUGAUUGCACCAAGUGGAACUAG